CCAUCAGCUCCCAACACCACAGCAACCUAGAUCAUCACAUCUCUCUCGUUUCAUUAAUCAAGCUUUUCAGUAACAGUCCCAGAUCAAAUCAAUCAUGGCCGUCGAUUCAGUGACAUCCUCCCCCCUGGGCCCACCGGCCACCGAGAAGGACGCCAAGGCGCUUCAGUUCAUAGAGGAGAUGACCAAGAACACGGACUUGGUGCAGGAGAGGGUUCUGGGAGAGAUUCUGAGUCGUAACGCUGAGACCGAGUACCUCAAACGAUUCAGCCUCGACGGUGCGACCGACCGGAACUCGUUCAAGUCCAAAGUCCCGGUUGUUACGUACGAGGAUCUUCAGCCGGAGAUCCAACGUAUUGCUAAUGGUGACCGCUCUCCCAUCUUGAGCUCUCAACCCAUCUCUGAGUUUCUCACUAGUUCUGGGACUUCAGCUGGUGAACGAAAAUUGAUGCCUACAAUACAUGAAGAGUUGGACCGUCGUACACUACUAUAUAGCUUGCUUCAGCCAGUGAUGAAUCUUUACGUGCCAGACCUUGACAAGGGAAAGGGGCUUUACUUCUUGUUCAUCAAGGCGGAGACCAAGACGCCUGGAGGACUCGUAGCACGUCCGGUGCUGACAAGCUACUACAAGAGUGAGCACUUCAAGACGAGGCCAAUUGACCCUUACAAUGUCUUAACCAGCCCGAACGAGGCCAUUCUCUGCCCCGACUCAUUCCAAAGUAUGUACACCCAAAUGGUCUGCGGCCUCGUUAUGCGCCAACAAGUCCUCCGAGUAGGCGCCGUGUUUGCCUCUGGCCUACUAAGAGCGAUUCGGUUCCUCCAGCUCAACUGGCAACAACUAGCAAUUGACAUUUGCAAUGGAACCCUGAACCCUAAAAUCAUAGACCCUUCUCUCCGUGAAACAAUGUCCGGCAUAUUGAAACCAGACCCCGAGCUAGCAGAUUUCAUCACAAAGGAGUGUUGUGAGGAGAACUGGGAAGGCAUAAUCACAAGGGUUUGGCCUAACACAAAGUACCUCGACGUGAUUGUCACCGGUGCAAUGGCACAGUACAUUCCUUUGCUUGAAUACUACAGUAAUGGCUUGCCGAUGGCGUGUACUAUGUACGCAUCGUCCGAAUGUUACUUCGGACUCAACCUCAAGCCAAUGUGCAAGCCGUCCGAGGUAUCUUACACAAUUAUGCCGAACAUGGCGUACUUCGAGUUCAUCCCGCACGACCCUUCCGCUCCUCCGCUGUCCAGACACUCCCCUCCCCGCCUUGUCGACCUUGCUGAUCUCGAAGUUGGGAAGGAGUACGAGCUCGUCAUAACAACCUACGCCGGACUGUGUCGUUACCGGGUGGGAGAUGUUCUCGAGGUCACCGGUUACCACAACGCCGCGCCGCAGUUUAGGUUUGUGAGGAGAAAGAACGUCUUGUUGAGCAUCGACUCUGACAAGACGGAUGAGGCUGAGCUGCAGAAGGCCAUUGACAAUGCCUCGGUGUUGUUGAGAGAGUUCAAUACCACCGUAGUUGAGUACACAAGCUAUGCGGACACAAAGACAAUUCCGGGGCAUUAUGUGAUUUACUGGGAAUUGUUGGUGAAGGACCCGGCGAAUAAUUCCCCGAAUCACGAGGUUCUGGACAAGUGUUGUUUAGCCAUGGAAGAGUCGUUGAACUCGGUAUACAGACAAGGCAGGGUGGCUGACAGCUCAAUUGGACCACUUGAGAUAAGGGUGGUAAAAAAUGGCACAUUUGAGGAGCUUAUGGACUAUGCAAUCUCUAGAGGUGCGUCUAUCAAUCAGUACAAGGCACCAAGGUGUGUGAAUUUCUCGCCCAUCAUGGAACUUCUUGACUCCAGGGUUGUUUCGGUGCACUUUAGCCCAAGUGCACCGCAGUGGACCCCAGAACAACGUAGUUAAGCUGAACGUUGCAUGAGUACAAAUAGAUGAAAAAAAAAAAUGUCGUGGUGGCUAUAGCUUUUAUUUUCCUUUGUUAAGCAUGAUCCUAUAGCUAGCUAUAGCUUUUGAAAGUGUCUUUUAUUUGGUUUAUUUUUGUUUUCAAUUGAAGUCGUUCUUGUGUCUGCAAUAAGUCGAAGUAAUCUGUGGGUAUUUCAAUGGGUGAUACGUAAUUAUCACCGAUAUAUAUAUAUAGAUAUGUUUGUUUGUCU